AUGGAGUCCAUCGGCCCCGAACUCUGGUUCGGUGGCUAUUUUGAAAGAAGAGACUUUAUCAAAGACAAGCCACAUAUUAUGAUUUGUCUAAAGCAUGAGGUGGCUCACGACGAAAGGCUUUUCAGGGCAGAGGUUCUUGCGAUCCUGGCUGCUAUCCAGAGCCGCAUGUCGUGUCCCGAGUUCGAAGAGAAUAUUAUUUUCCCGGUGAUGGUAUUUUCUUUCAUGGGCUAUUAUGCAAGGAUCAUCCAGGCCUAUCACAAUGGCGACAAACUCAUAAUCCACAAGAGUCGCGCGUUUGAAUUCCGUGAUGCCGAGACAGCUCCAACUGCUUUGUUUGUGCGAUACAUGAGUAGCACACCAGUGGGAGGCAAGACUCUCCUGCCCCGUCUUCGACCCGCCAAAUCAAGCCUUUCUAUGACUAUCAGAUCCAUUACGCGAGACCUUAGAAGAGCGAAGAUUCCAGAGGAUUUUAGAUCUCCAAAAGACCCACGGGAAAAAAAGAAAUCGGUUGGGCCUGAUGCCGAUGAGCCAGAAGUCUAG